AUGCCAGUGUACGGUGAGGAGGGUUGGGUCUACGGAUGGAAUGCCGUGGACGUCCGCAUCGACGGACACCUGCAGCAUGGCGACGUCAUCAACGUGGCGCCAGGCGGCCUGAUCGUCGAUUUCCACUGUGCCAGCCAGCGCGCGCACUUUGUCGCAUACGGACUGGUUUUUCACUGCCCCUUCACGAAACACAACCUGAAACCAGACAAGCAGGCACUGCUGCGCCGCUAUCCGGACGGUGCCUGGAUUUGGUAUCCCGGGCGUGUGGUGGAGCGGUUACGCUUCAGCAGCGAUGAUGCGCAACUACUGGAUAUGCAGCUGCCCGAGGGUACCGUCCGCCAGGUGGUCCCCCUUCAUCAACUACGCACAGCGCCCUCGGACGCGGUUCUGGAGAAGCUGUGCGUUGGCCAGGAUCACUUCGUUAUUCGCUCGUGCCCUCUGCCGGGCGGGUUUUGGUCCGACGGUUCCCAGCUGCGCCGGGAGAUCUUCAAAUGCGGAUUGAGCUGGCUCCAUGUGGUGUGCACUUCGUUACUCAACCAGACGGUCCUCUAUCUGCAGCCUGAGAAGGACACGCCAUUAACAUUUGCCCAAGUGGAAGGAGUUUACGACCGGGCUAAGACAGUGGAGGAGAGCGGUAGCCCCCCGACGGAUACCGGCUUACUGCACGUGCUACUCCGUCAGCGGGCUAACCCAGCGGAUGAGCACAGGAAAAUUUCCGACGGUGCUCGAAAGGUUUUUCCACUGCCGACUGAGCUUUUGGUGGAGAUCUUCCAGUCGCUGGACUCUAUCGGGCGCAUCCGCUGUCGACGCGUCUGUCCGCUGUGGAAUGACAUUCUCACCACCGAAGCCAACUUCCCCGAUGUGCGCGUAUCCGGCGGCCAUCCGGAUUACGGCGUGCUGACUUUUGAUUUGCCGGGUAUCUACUGGGCGGCGGUGGGCUUGCAAAAAUGCCUGAGCAGCCACACCAAGAUGGUCAUUAUCUCGUCUCUGCACGAUUUCAAAUGCGUGGAAUUGGCCCCUCUCAUCGAUAUUCUUGUGACAUCAUCCCGGAUCCCGAUGUUGGUGUUCUACUGCUGCCAUUUCGGCGAUGAACACGACGAUAUCCGGGGAAUCAUGUACACAUCGGCUUGCAUUUUUGUGGAGUGUUCGGCCGUGGACAGGGUUGUGUGGAAGAAAUGCGACAUGUGUGAUCGCCAUCUCAAGGCAGAGAUACAACACUAUACAUUCAACACGACGCCCGGCGACGCGUUGGACGGAGAGCUGUGGGAUGUCUUCGAGAAGCAUCUUGUUCUCACGAAGCCGCUGGAUCGACCGGCCUUAGCGACAUCGAUUGCCGACUGCAUCGCCCACCGGUCCAGCGAACUGACGGGGGAACAGAUUGUGAAGGCGUUGAAUUAUUACCAGCGUGUGGAUCCGCGCCUCUCCACCCCCUACCGCGGCCGCAAAUGGACAACGGCUACGCUGGCUGAUCUGGACGCCAGUAAGCUGACCACACUGACGGCGUCCGCUGUGAGCGAAGGGAUUGUGAUUCAGGAUACAUGGGAUACGAGUAGCGACGAUAGUGAUUAGUUUUGUAGCGGGCCGCUUCGCCCGAACUUGUUGUUCCUGUUGUUUUGCUUUAUUGAAACUUAGCAGUCA